UUUGUUUAUCCAUCUACGGUCCAGAGUUGCUUAGAACACCUCUGUCUUUGUCUUUAAAUUUGUGUGGUCUUAAUAAUAAUAGUUCUUCAUCACUUGCCAGAAACAGAGAAGACAAAAAAAAAAAAAAGAAAACGACGAUCAACAAUGGCGGUAGCGCAGCUUCGAUUUGGUCCGGUGGCGCUGCUGGUGGUGCUGUCGGCAUUGGCAGUAACACCGUUGUAUAAGUAUAACUAUCCUGUCGCCGGCGCCAUAGAGCCAGCUGCUAAACAGAUUAGCACCGCUCCUCAGUGUUCCGGUUCCCAAAAGCUUGCUGUGUUCGAAGAUGGAGACUGCAGCCCGAAACCUAUCACCGUGCCGGUAACGGCCAGUAGUUCAACUAAUCCACCUCCGAGGCCCCUCUACGUCGUCGCCCCGACCCGGCCCGGAAAUUACCCGAUCUUCCUCUUCGCCCACGGCACCUUCAUCAGCAACAACCUCUACUCCGGCCUCCUUUCCCACAUUUCUUCACACGGCUACAUAGUCGUCGCCCCGCAGCUGUUCGAUUCAAUUUUGUCUCUGCCGUGCGAGCUGGAGGAGAUCGAGUACCUGGAGCAAGUCACAAACUGGAUGCCCUCCGCCACCGCCCUACCUUCCCACCUCCCGCCCGGCGUCCUCCCCGACUUCGACAAGCUCGCCGUCGGAGGCCACAGCCGCGGCGGCAAAUCCGCCUUCGCCCUCGCCCUCGGACUCUGCGCCCGACCCUUGAAACUGACCAUAUCAGCCGUGGUCGGGGUCGACCCAGUGGCCGGGGUCAGCAAAAAUUCCCGCACCGACCCGGAAAUCCUCACCUACGAACCCGAAUCCCUCAACCUCUCGGUCCCCGUAACGGUCAUCGGGAGCGGGCUGGGUAACCAGUCCGAGGUGAUCGAUCUGCCCGCCUGCGCGCCCAACUGGGUGAACCACGCCGAGUUUUACAGCGAGUGCAUGGCUCCCAAAACCCACCUGGUCGCAGACGAUUACGGCCACAUGGACGUGGUGGAUGACGUCAGCUGGUUCGAACGUGACUUUAAAGGGAUGUUUGAUUUUGCGCUGACUAAGCUGAUGUGUAAAGGGGCGAGCGGAUUGUUUAGCUCGCGGGAGAAGAUGAGGAAGGGCGUUGGUGGGAUCGUGGUGGCGUUUUUGGAUGCUUACUUGGGAGGUGGGAACGAUGAUUAUCUGGCCAUUUUGGAGUGUCCGCUGGAGGUGGAUUCGCCGGUCAGGCUUACGGUUGGGUAUGUGCUGGAGAAAGGGACGGCCGCCGCCGGAGAUAUUUGAUGUGUAAGGAUUAUCAACGGUGUGUAUUAUCAUUGAUACAAGUAUAUGUGACAAAGACUUGUUCCUGAUAUGAUGGCGGUAAAGCUAAAGGUUGACUUAAAGAACGUGGGUCGAGAAGGUUUGUGAUAAUUAGUUAUUACUAGAUAAUUGGCCCGCGUUUUGCGAUGGGUACGCAUGAUCAUCAAUUAAAUUAUAUUAAAUCGAAUGAGAUUACAUAUAACCAUUUGAUUAGAGUGGAUUAGACAUUUUUAUAAAUUGAGUUGGUUCCAAUUACUAAAUUGAGACCUUUUUUAAUUGUAUCAUGGAUUCUCUUAAAAGCAAAGCAAAAAAUUAAUCAUGUCAAACCGUAUGAUCAUAUCGUUACAAUUAUGUGUUUGGUUGAGCUAAGGAUAGAGAUUUUUUUUUUAAGGAGUUAACUUCCAUGUGCUUCACUUGAUACUAACUCAAAAAAGCUGUAUAUAUGUUCUUACACAUAAAAGGAAAAUCAAUAGAAAUCCUUAUCAUGAAACAAAACAGUGCCUUGUCGUAAAUUAUAAUAUAAUGUAAUUCUCAAGCUUUAAUCUAUAAGUGUUGAUCACCAUUUAUAUACUAAUGACUUUUUGCAUGCUGAUGCUAAUAUGCUAGUACUAUAGAAUGACUUCCUUAGCUAAAAAAGCAUUGUGAACUCUACUUUAUAUGACCAUCCCUCUUCUCAUGGGAUAAAUUUUUGCAAGCUCUCCAGGUCAUUGUUGAAACAUGAAACAAAGCUUGUUCAACAAUUUGUUAUAUGAAGUUAGAUUUAAUAACUUAUAACAAACCCAAAAGAAGGAAGUCAAGUUCAACAUAAAGCAGGGCAGCGAACAGAGUAUAAAAUGAAAACAACAUUAAGAAAUACCAAUUUCAAGUAGCAUCAUGGAGCAUCUAAGUAACGGAGAAGAAGUCUUGGAGAAUGGGUGGUGGGUAAUAAUGUCUUAGUGGUACUCCCUAUCUUAGUUUCAUUCUAACUCUGUAAAUCAUGUUGCCACCACCACCGUUAUGAGUCGCCAUUUGGUACCUUUUGGUUCUCAAUGUCAACAGGUGGCACUCAUGCAUAGGCCUGUCAGUUCGGGUCGGGUAACCAAACUCGAAAACCACGAAACCCGAAAACCCGCUACUCCCUCAUUGAAAACCCGAAACCGAACCCGAAAAUGGCACUAUCGGUUUUCGGUUACCUAAAACCGGGAAAAAGUCACUAAUGGUUUUCGGUUGAUUAUAUGAAACCCGAAAACCCGAAAAUUUUGCUAUUGUAUUGCCAGUGGAGCUUCGCUGACCAGGUGGCAGGUAGCAACUUUAUUUCUCCGUUUUCAUACGAACACACAGAGAUCUUUCAGCCAUCAGAGACGAAAUCUUGACCUCGAUAUGUGUCUUCUCCGUCCCCUUCCUUCCUCCUCUCCUUUAGCACAAUCGAAUCCCUCAUCGACGGUGCCAGCUUCAACCCAACCACCACCGUCUCCCUCUAGGCCACCAACCUCAAAUCGGACGCCUCUAUCUUCUCGAUUGUUGUCUGGUUCCCUGUUCAGGCCGCCGACGGGGUGGUCGCCGCCAAAGCAAUUGGAAAAUUCCUCCCUGCCAAAUUCAGGCAUGCACUUAGAGGUCAUCGCUGAAAGUGGAUCUCUUCACCUGGGCAAUCGCCGAGGCCCGAGGGAGCUGUGAGCUUUGUGCUCUGUUUGGCUCUGCUGUCGAUUAUGGUCAAAGGAUUGAAAAAUUACAUGCUCAAAGUUUGGUUGUUGGCUCUAGUAACUGUGAGGUUUAGCAUCGUUGUGUUGCUGUUGUUGUAGGCGAUGAAUGGAAGGAUGAUUUCGCAGGCUAAAGGUUGCAUAACCCAGAUGCGCCAACGAGGAAAAGCUUCAAUCUCGAAUGAAGGGACAAUUUCACC